GACGUCACGAGGGGGCGUGGCCUCCCUCCCCGCGCUGCUGAGUCACCGCCCCCCCCCCCUCGGAGCGGAGCCGCCGCCGCGGCCGGUCCCUGCGAUGCUUGGGGGGGGCCAUGGCCUCCCCGCCUCCCCCCGAGUGUGCGGCGGAGGUGACGCCGUCGGCGCGCGGCGGUUCCUUCAGUUACCGCCUGGACGAACACCCGGUGGCGGCGUUGGCGGUGAUGAACCAACUGCGGUUGCAGCGACAGCUCUGCGACGUCACCUUACGCGUUCGGUACCGCCGCGGCGACGCCGCCGCCGACUUCCCCGCACAUAAAGUAGUCCUCGCCUCCUCCAGCCCCGUCUUCAAAGCCAUGUUCACCGCGGGGCUACGGGAAGGCGGGAUGGAGGUGGUCCCCAUCGAGGGCGUCCACCCGCGGGUGAUGGAGCGCUUGGUGGAGUUCGCCUACACGGCGUCCAUCGCGGUGGGCGAGAGGUGCGUUCUGCACGUGAUGAACGGCGCCGUCAUGUACCAAAUCGACAGCGUGGUCCGGGCCUGCUCGGAUUUCCUCAUCCAACAACUCCACCCCAGCAACGCCAUCGGAAUCGCCAACUUCGCCGAGCAGAUCGGCUGCCUCGACCUCCACCAGAAGGCCCGCGAGUACAUCUACAUGAACUUCGGAGAGGUGUCCAAACAGGAGGAGUUCUUCAACCUCUCGCACUGCCAGCUGGUGACCCUCAUCAGCCGCGACGAGCUCAACGUCCGCUGCGAAUCGGAAGUUUUCCACGCCUGCAUCAAUUGGGUGAAACACGACUGUCCCAACCGGCGCCCGUACGUCCAAGCGCUGCUCCGCGCCGUCCGCUGCCAUUCCCUCACCCCCCACUUCCUCCAGGUCCAACUCCAAAAGUGCGAAAUCCUCCGCUCCGAUUCCCGCUCCAAAGAUUAUUUGGCCCAAAUCUUCCAAGAUUUAACCCUUCACAAACCCACGCCGGACGUCCCGGGACGGACGCCCAAAGUCGAUCAACUCAUCUACACCGCCGGUGGUUAUUUCCGGCAAUCCUUGAGUUUCUUGGAAGCGUUCAACCCCCGCGACGGCUCUUGGCUGCGCCUGGCGGACCUCCAGCAGCCGCGCAGCGGGUUGGGCGGCUGCGUGGUGGGAGGGUUGUUUUACGCCGUCGGAGGGAGGAAUAAUUCGCCCGACGGCAACACCGAUUCGGCCGCCAUUGACUGUUACAAUCCGAUGACGAACCGGUGGUCUCCGUGUGCCCCGAUGAGCGUUCCCCGGAACCGCAUCGGCGUCGGCGUCAUCGACGGAAUGAUUUACGCCGUCGGGGGAUCGCACGGCUGCAUCCACCACAGCAGCGUCGAGAGGUACGACCCCGAGCGGGAUGAGUGGCAGGGGGUGUCGCCGAUGCUGUCGCCCCGUAUCGGGGUGGGGGUGGCGGUGCUGAACCGUCUGCUUUACGCCGUCGGGGGGUUCGAUGGCGGCGCCCGUCUGCGCUCGGCCGAGCGGUACCACCCCGAGAGCGACGCCUGGAGAGCCAUCGCCCCCAUGGGCUCCAUCCGCAGCGGCGCCGGGGUCUGCGCGGUGGAUAACUGCAUUUACGCCAUGGGGGGGUACGAUGGGACGGAUCAGCUCAACAGUACGGAGCGCUACGAGGUGGAGACGGACACCUGGAGCUUCGUGGCGCCCAUGCGGCACCGGCGCAGCGCUCUCGGCGUCACCGUCCAUCAGGGCAAGAUCUACGUCUUGGGCGGCUAUGACGGCCACACCUUCCUGGACUCGGUGGAAUGCUACGAUCCCGCCACAGACGCUUGGACGGAGGUGACGCGGAUGACGUCGGGCCGCAGCGGCGUAGGCGUCGCCAUCACCAUGGAGCCGUGCCGGAAGCAAAUGGACGGAGGUGAAUGUCCGUGCUAACCCCGGUGCCGCCGUGGCGGUGUUGGGGCCGGGGAGGACACACGGAAUUGGUUCUUCCCCCUCCUUUUUUCCCCCACCACGGCGGCGGAAAAACACACGGCCUGGAGGGGCUGGAAUGGCAGCGCCGCCCCCCACCGGACCGGACCCCCCCCAAUCCCUCCCCAUUCCUGGCUUUGGGAAUGGCAGGAACUGGAUUUAUCCCUAUUUUCCACCCCAACUGGUUUUAAUGAUUCC